AUGAUGGCUGAGUGCGCGAUGGAUGAAAACGGCGCGGAAUGUGCAGACCAGCGGUCGGAGUUGGAGAACAUAGACUUCUCGUCUGUCAGCUCAAGGCUGGCUUGGGUAAGCCCAAACGAGGAAGAGUUCGACCUACUCACCAGAAAGUUGAGGAUGCUCAUGGAAGAAGGGCGCGGGGAAACUCUGUUUGAUCUCGGUGUUGGUAUAGAUGACAGUGAGAGUGGUCUAACAGUAGACGAGAUGGAGGCUUCCAUCGCGACUCUGAAAUCGAUUGCGUCCACGUUAGAUGCUGAUUGCGUAUUGUUACGCGAGAAAAAGUUGGAGAAUGGAAUGUGUGUGCAAUUUCUUGUACGGCAGAGAGCCUCUGAAGAAGACUUCAUGGAGAUCCGCGUUGCUGUUGUUGGGAAUGUUGACGCCGGGAAGAGUACAUUGCUAGGAGUCUUGACUCACGGCGCGCUCGACAAUGGUCGUGGACUUGCACGACAGUGUCUUUUCCGUCAUAAGCAUGAAGCUGAGUCCGGUAGAACAUCGUCCGUUGGUAAUGAUAUCUUGGGGUUUGACUCAGAAGGAAACGUUGUCAACAAACCAGAGCAUGGUUCAUUGGACUGGAUCAAAAUAUGUGCUCGCAGCUCUAAAGUUAUCACCUUCAUUGAUCUCGCUGGACAUGAAAAGUAUCUCAAGACAACGGUGUUCGGAAUGACGGGGCAUGCACCUGAUUUCGGAAUGCUUAUGGCAAGUUAUUUGUGUGUUGGUUCCAAUGCCGGUGUUAUUGGUAUGACAAAAGAGCAUUUGGGUCUAGCCCUGGCUCUCAAUGUGCCGGUGUUCGUUGUUGUGACCAAGAUUGACAUGUGUCCACCGAAUGUGUUGCAAGAGACGCUGCGUUUAUUGCAGAAGAUAUUGAAGUCCGCUGGGUGUCGAAAAGUUCCAGUGAUGGUUAAAAAUGCUGACGAUGUUGUUAUGUCAGCAACUAACUUUGUUUCAGAACGGUUAUGUCCCAUUUUCCAAGUCUCAAAUGUAACUGGCGAAAAUUUGGAUCUAUUGAAAAUGUUUUUGAACUUACUUACAACGCGUAUGCCGUCGAAUGAUUCUGACCCGGCGGAAUUCCAGAUAGACGACACUUAUUCUGUUCCUGGCGUAGGAACUGUGAUCAAGAGGAAUGAAAUCCGGAAAGGUAUGGUUAUUGUUUCGCCAAAGCUGAAUCCUGUGGCGUGCUGGGAGUUUGAGGGUGACAUCCUAGUAUUGCACCAUCCAACAACCAUAUCCACACGUUAUCAGGCAAUGGUACAUUGUGGCAGUGUUCGACAGACUGCAUCUAUUCUCAAGAUGUCCAGCGACUGUCUGCGUACCGGCGACAAAGCCUCCGUUCACUUCAGAUUCAUCAAGCACCCUGAAUAUUUGAAGCCUGGUCAGAAACUGGUUUUCCGCGAGGGGCGGACGAAAGCUGUUGGAUCUGUGACCAAGAUUUGUCCUCACGCACCUGCGUCUCAGCCAACAACACGCACAAAGCCCAACAAGAUGGUGAAGCAAGCAGCUCAAGCAGUGGCAAAUGAAGGAAUUCAACCACUGGAUUCCACAGUGAUUUUAGCAGGAGCAACUUCAGAGACUGGACAGGUGAAACGUUCCCGACGAGGUGGAAAUCGUUGGCAAUCAAACAAGCCAAAGGAUGGAACUCCUCCAGCCACAGCUCCAGCGCCUGUGAAACAACCACUUGCUGACCAGAAUGCUGGUUGAGGUGCUUUCUGAUAAAAUUAAAAAGAGGAAAUUGCUGUUUUUCAUUCUGUGUGAAUGGGAAAGGUGUGUUUGCGUUCCUGCAAGUGUGUGUCAGCUUUAAAAUAAAAAUGGAGGGGAAACUGUUUUAAGAUGUUCACAUUGACAUGAAAUCUUCAUGAGUGUGCUCCCAGCGUGAAGCCUUUGCUUUCUGUCCUGGUCUAUUAUUAUUAUUAUUUAAAAGUUGCUAUAUUUUUUCCAGAUUUGUAUGUCGACUGACUGGUUCCCGAAGCUCAUUGCUUUAUAGAUAAUUAGAAACUGUUUUGUUGGGAAUGAGUUGCAUUUAUUUGACUCUCAUGCAUCUGCCUCCCUUCAGUUUGCCAAAAACGCUUGUUACAGGAUUAUCUUUAUGAAGGUACUGAAUUUUGAUUUUGGAUUGACUUUCCUGGUUGUGUGGGAUGGUAACUGUGUAGGGCAAUGGCGCGUCUUGUGAAUCCUAUAUCUUGUGAUGGGACUUGGAGAGCAGAAAAAUAGAAAUGAGUUGGUUACACUGAAGA